AUGGCGGUGGCGGCCGAUGGCCGGAUUUCCCUCUCAGGUGCCGGUAGGUUACGCGGGGCGACGGGUUUGGCUGGGAGGAACUGGCCGAGGCUCGUAAAGUUUUGUGACGGAGAAAUGAUGGGGACGAAGUUGAAUGUGACACGACGGCUGCAGCAAGGAGCUUGUAGCAUCAACAACGUUAAGAAACAUGUUUGCAUGUCUCUCACAACUAAUGUAGCAGCACCAGGCGAGUCCAAGUUGAGGAAUCUAGAGAUGGAAAAGCGGGACCCACGGACGGUUGUGGCAAUUAUACUGGGAGGAGGAGCCGGCACCCGUCUUUUCCCACUCACUAAGCGCCGUGCCAAACCUGCAGUUCCAAUUGGAGGAGCAUACAGGCUGAUUGAUGUGCCAAUGAGUAACUGCAUCAACAGUGGGAUCAACAAAGUGUACAUUCUCACUCAGUUCAACUCGGCGUCGCUCAACAGGCAUAUUGCCCGCGCUUACAACUUUGGCAGUGGAGUCACCUUCGGAGAUGGCUAUGUCGAGGUUCUUGCAGCCACUCAAACUCCAGGAGAGGAAGGUAAAAGGUGGUUCCUGGGCACGGCAGAUGCUGUACGACAGUUCCAUUGGCUUUUUGAGAAUGCAAGGAGCAAGGAUAUUGAGGAUGUGCUGAUUCUUUCUGGGGAUCACUUGUAUAGGAUGGACUACAUGGACUUCGUUCAAAAUCAUCGAAACAGUGGUGCUGAUAUCACCAUCUCUUCUCUACCAAUGGAUGACAGCCGUGCCUCGGAUUUUGGUCUAAUGAAGAUAGAUAACAAAGGAAGGAUCCUUUCAUUCAGUGAAAAGCCUAAGGGAGAGGACCUGAAGGCAAUGGCAGUAGAUACAACAGUCUUGGGACUCUCAAAGGAAGAAGCUCAGAAGAAACCUUACAUUGCUUCCAUGGGAGUGUAUGUCUUCAAGAAGGAGAUACUUCUGAAUCUUUUGAGAUGGCGAUUCCCUACUGCAAAUGACUUCGGUUCAGAGAUAAUCCCUGCAUCAGCCAGAGAAUUCUUCAUAAAGGCUUAUCUUUUCAAUGAUUAUUGGGAAGACAUAGGGACCAUCAGAUCCUUCUUUGAGGCAAAUCUUGCCCUCACAGAGCAUCCACCAAAAUUCAGUUUUUAUGAUGCAGCAAAGCCAAUGUAUACAUCAAGAAGAAACUUGCCGCCAACAAAAAUAGAUAAUAGCAAGAUAGUUGAUUCGAUUAUAUCUCAUGGAAGUUUCUUAACUGAUUGCUUCAUAGAGCACAGUGUUGUUGGUAUCAGAUCUCGAAUAAACGCUAAUGUCCACUUAAAGGAUACUGUGAUGCUUGGAGCUGACUUCUAUGAAACAGAGGCGGAAGUGACAUCAAUUUUAGCUGAGGGAAGAGUUCCAGUUGGGAUAGGAGAAAAUACAAAAAUCAAAGGCUGCAUCAUUGACAAAAAUGCCAGAAUUGGGAAGAAUGUUGUUAUUGCAAACUCAGAGGGAAUACAAGAGGCUGAUAGAUCUUCUGAAGGGUUUUACAUCCGUGCCGGCGUUACAGUCAUCCAAAAAAACUCGGUAAUCCUAGAUGGUUCUGUGAUAUAACAAUCUGUCCAUCCUCUUGAGCCUUUUUUUAUUGGUUCGGAUAGAAAGCAAGAGAGAACAACACUCGUGGGUCAUGUUUUCCACCAUAACCAUCAAUGUAAUGAAAACAAAGGAGAUCAAAGCAUGUAUCAUUGGUUGUGUUCAAUCCUUACCUGUUUAUGAAAGAGAGAAGUUUUUAUCU